AUGGCGCUCCUGGUGGUCCUGGCGUGGUUCCUGUCGCUCUUCGCCCUGGCGCCGCUGGCACAGGCCGGGUGCCCGUCCGCGUGCCGCUGCUCCUUUGCCAUGGUGCAGUGUCUGGAGCCUGACGGACUGUCCAUGGUGCCGGCGCUGGCUCCUCUGGAGAGCGAGAACGUCACCGAGAUAUACAUGGAGAACCAGUCUGGAGUGGAGAACAUCACCGACCUGGACCUGAUCAACUUUAAAGAACUACGCAACCUGACGGUGACUUCCUGUAAACUUCGAUUCAUCUCGGCCAACGCCUUCCAGUACAACACCAAACUGCAGUACGUAAACUUGGCCUCCAACCUCCUGGAGCACAUCAGCUGGAAGGUGUUCCACUUCCUGCCCCUCAUCAGUCUGGUGCUGCGGGACAACCCCCUGCGGUGUUCUUGUGGGGUGCACUGGCUGCAGCAGUGGCAGAGAGGUGCCCGGGCCGACCUGGACCCGGCGCUGUCCUGCCUCCACGGGCACCUGGAGGUCCCGCUCAGCUCCCUGCACAUCGACAACUGCAGUCUUCCUGUCGUCACUAUUCUUCCGGCCAAUAAUCGGGUCCAGGAGGGCGGGAACCUCACCUUCGAGUGUCAUGUGACCGGGAGCCCCACCCCCCGAGCAAGAUGGAGGACAGAGCACCUGCGCUCGCCCUUCACCACACAGGAGAGGAUCUGGGGCUCGACUCUGGAACACGUUCUGUUUCUGACCAACGUCUCGUCCGGUGAUAAUCUCCACAACCUGACGUGUGACGCCGAGAACCAGGCCGGACCCGACAGCGACACCGUCCCCCUCGACAUCCAGUUUCCAGCUCGGAUCUUGUUCCUGAAGGACGCCGAGCCGAUGCAUCACUGGUGUUUUCCGUUCGCGGUGGACGGGAACCCGGAGCCGAGCAUCAGCUGGCUGUACAACGGCGCCGCCCUGCAGGAGACGCGCUUCACCUACACCGAGAUCAUCAGCGACUCCAGCGACGGCUCCGAGAAGCACGGCUGCCUCUACCUCAACAAACCCACGCACAUCAACAACGGCGUCUACACCCUGCGAGCCCACAACCGCCUGGGCCGCGACCAGGCCAACGCCACCGGCAGCUUCAUGGACAACCCCUUCGACCCGUUCGACCCCGAGGGCAUCAUCCCAGUCCCUGAUGUCGUCCCAACUCCCACCAACAAGACGGUGCAGGCUGUGACGGAGAACCUGGAGAGCCGAGUGUUUAUGGUCUCGGUGGUGGUGGGUUUGUCUCUUUUCGCUUUCUCCUUCGUUCUCCUCGUUCUUGUGGUUUGGAACAAAUGUGGACACCACCCCAAGUUUGGGAUUCACCGCUCAUCUGUCCUGGGCACAGAGGACGACCUGGCCGUGUCUCUUCACUUCAUGAAGGGCAGCAGUCCCCCGUCCUCUGACGAAGACUCUGGACUGUCCAGUUUCGUGGAGAAUCCUCAGUAUUUCUGCGGCAUCAUCAAGGACAAAGACAUGUGUGUGCAGCACAUAAAGCGUCAGGACAUCGUGCUGAAGUGGGAGCUCGGCGAGGGGGCGUUUGGGAAGGUUUACCUGGCAGAAUGCGCCAACCUGAGCCCCGACAGCGACAAGAUGCUCGUCGCCAUCAAGACGCUGAAGGACGCCACCGAGUCCACGCGGCAGGACUUCCAGAGGGAGGCGGAGCUUCUGACCGUCCUGCAGCAUCAGCACAUCGUCCGGUUCUACGGCGUGUGCACGGACGGAGAGCCGCUCGCCAUGGUGUUCGAGUACAUGCGCCACGGCGACCUCAACCGCUUCCUCCGAGCUCACGGUCCGGACGCUCGUUUGCUGGACGAGUCGAAGCUGGCGGUGGCGGUGGGCGAGGUGGCGGUGGGCGAGCUGACGGUGCCGCAGAUGCUGCACAUCGCGGGGCAGAUCGCCUCGGGGAUGGUGUAUCUGGCCUCGCUGCACUUCGUCCACCGGGACCUGGCCACGAGGAACUGCCUGGUGGGCGAAGGCCUCGUCGUCAAGAUCGGAGACUUCGGCAUGUCCAGAGACAUUUACAGCACCGACUACUACAGAGUGGGUGGACGCACCAUGUUGCCCAUUCGCUGGAUGCCUCCUGAAAGCAUCAUGUACAGGAAGUUCACCACAGAGAGCGACAUCUGGAGCUUCGGGGUCGUUCUGUGGGAGAUCUUCACCUACGGCAAACAGCCCUGGUACCAACUGUCCAACAGCGAGGCCAUCGAAUGCAUCACACAGGGCCGGGAGCUGGAGCGGCCCCGCACCUGCCCCAAGGAGGUCUACGCCCUGAUGCAGGGCUGCUGGCACCGUGAGCCCCAACAGAGGAUCAUCAUCAAGGACAUCCACACCCGCCUCCUCGCCCUCGUCAAGAACCCGCCCGUCUACCUCGACAUUCUCGGAUAG